AGUCAAGGGGUCUGAAUACUUUCCGAUGGGCUGUAGCUUGUCAUAGAUUUACAUACAGAAUAAUAUGAAAUGCUCUGAUACCAGGUUCCUAUUGAAAAGCACAAUAGAAAUAAAGUUAACAUUGUAUCCUCGAGCUACAUCUAUUGUUACAAAAUGUUAAUUGUGACACCUCUGAUUAUGACCUUAUGACCCAGAACUGCGUUGCCCUGGGAAACGGGUGCGCAUUGCCAUGAAGAAGGUUCGUGCUCGUGCCCCUGUCAAAAGAAGAUACCAAUAGCAAGUUAGCUUGUCAGCUGGGCUAGCUAAAUACAACUUGUAGCCUACAAAAAGAUUGAACCAACCGGUUCAUGACAUUACAGCGCUGUCACCCAUGUCCAGACUACAUCACCUGUAUGGCCUGUUGAGGUACCUGAUGAUGUUACUCAGUGGCAUCAUAUUUGUGAGUGGCCUUGUGCUGUUUGGCCUAGGCGUGUGGAUUAGGUACGGGGCGGCCACCUUUGUCCAGGUGAUGGGCUCUUUCUCGGCACAGCUGGUGACCAUCAGCUAUGUGUGUAUGUGCCUGGGGGCCAUCCUGUCUCUGCUGGGGUUCAUUGGCUGCUAUGGGGCCUGGAGCGAGAACCGCUGCCUCAUCUUGCUGUAUUUCUUCAUCGUGUCCAUGAUGUUUACAGCUGAGGUUACUGGGGUUAUUUUCAUCUUGGUGUACAAAGAUCUGGUGGAGGUUAUGAUUCGUGGAGCCAGUAAGGACUCUUUACGGAUGUCCUAUAUGGGACCAACGGCUUCAGACCCCAUAUCAACAGCCUGGAACACCAUCAUGGUCCAUUACAAGUGCUGUGGCUUUGACAACUCCACGGAAGACUUCAAGAACUCCGUGUUCAGUGCUAACACUGGCCUGUUGUACCCCAAGACGUGCUGUGUUGACCUGACGAGCACCGCCUGCGAUGGCCUCGACACCACCCAGGGCCUGAUACACCCAAAGAGCUGCAUUACCAAACUGAUUAAUGUGAUCCGGGACCAGAGUGUCAUCUUUGGCUCCACUGCUUCUGGGAUCUGUGUCAUGGAGUUGGCGUCCAUGAUGGUGUCAGUAGUGUUGUUCGUCAGACUAGGCAACACCUAUUAUUAGACCAGCAGCAACACAGAGAACAGAGCCUGACCCAGGCAUGGUAGGUCAACCAGACCAGAGACGACACCAUAAUAAAUGAGACUUGCAGAUGAAGCCUCCUUGUCAGUAGACUGUGGUUAUUGUGGUGCUUAGGGACUGCUUAGGGUUUAUGGUGGAUGUGGGAGGGUGGGUGUGUCUCUCUGUAUGUGAAUUUGUGAUGAUUAGCAGUCUAGUGAACAGGAAAACUCUUUGACAACUACUCCCUCUUGUGGAAUAUAUCUGUCAGUGUCAGAGGCAGAAUCACAGUAUCAAGGUCAGUCACAUGUCUGGGAACAUUAAGUAACAUUGAGUUAUAAUAUAAUAAUAUAUGCCAUUUAGCAGACACUUUAAUCCAAAGGGGUUUACGGUAGUGCGUGCAUACAUUUUUGUUCUCCUUUACAGUUACUUCACUCAGUAACAGUUAUUCUGAACUUCACUUGGUCAGGUGUCUAACAGAUAGAAGCUGCCUAUGGGAAAGU